GCCCGCCUGCCCGCCUGCCCGCCUGCCUGCCUGGGACCAUGGGCCACUAGCCGAGGAGGAAGCAUGCUGGCGGUCCGCUGCGCACUGCUCACCGCCCUGCUGGCAGCGCAGGGGGCGGCACUGGCCCCAGGGGCCUGCCCCUCUCUGGAGGUGGAGAGCGACGUGCUAGCCAGCAGGCCUGGAGCUAGCGUGACCCUGACCUGCCCAGGCGGGGAUCCUGAAGACAACGCCACAGUUCACUGGGUGCUCCGGAAUCAGGCCUCAGGCUCACACCACGGCACAUGGGCUGGCUUGGGACGGAGGCUGCUUCUGAGAUCUGUGCAGCUCAGCUACUCUGGAAACUAUUCAUGCUACCAGGAUGGCCACCAGGUUGGAACUGUGCGCCUGCUGGUAGAAGUUCCUCCAGAGGAGCCCCAGCUCUCCUGCUUCCGGAAGAGUCCCCUCAGCAACGUGGGCUGUGAGUGGAGUCCUCAGAGCCCCCCAUCCCAGAGGACUAAGGCUGUGUUAUUGGUGAGGAGGUUUCAGCACGGUCCUGUGGAAGACUUCCAGGAGCUGUGCCAGUACUCCCAGGAGUCCCAGAAGUUCUCCUGCCAGUUAGCAGUCCCAGAGGGAGACAACUCUUUCUACAUAGUGUCCCUGUGUGUCGCCAACAGUGUUGGGAACAAAUCCAGCAGACUCCAAACAUUUGAGGGUUACGGAAUCUUGCAGCCUGACCCACCCGUCAACAUCACCGUCACCGCUGUGGACAGAAACCCCCGCUGGCUCAGUGUCACCUGGCAAGACCCCCCCUCCUGGAACUCAUAUUUCUAUAGGCUACAGUUUGAGCUCCGAUACCGGGCUAAACGGUCAAAGACAUUCACAACGUGGAUGGUCAAGGACCUCCAGCACCACUGCAUCAUCCGUGAUGCCUGGAGCGGCAUGGAGCACGCGGUGCAGGUGCGCGCCCAGGAGGAGUUUGGACAUGGCCUGUGGAGCGAGUGGAGCCAGGAGGUCACGGGGACUCCCUGGACAGAACCAAUGAGUUUUUCAGCUGAGACCAAGGUGGCGGUGUCUCCCUCCACGAAGGCACCUAGUACUGAUGAAGGUGGUGAUAAUUCUCUCUAUCAUCCUCCAAAUGCGACAAGCCUCCCAGUGCGAGAUUCUCCAAUACCACUGUAUACAUUCCUGGUGGCUGGAGGAAGCCUGGCCUUCGGAACGCUCCUCUGCAUUGGCAUCGUCCUGAGGUUCAAGAAGACAUGGAAGCUGCAGGCUCUGAAAGAAGGCAAGACAAGCAUGCACCCGCCUUAUUCUUUGGGACAGCUGGUCCCUGAGAGGCCCAAGCCCACGCCAGUGCUUGUUCCCCUCAUCUCCCCACCAGUGUCCCCCAGCAGCCUUGGGUCAGACAACACCUUGAGGCACAGCCAACCAGAUGCCAGGGGUCCACAGAGCCCUUAUGACAUCAGCAACAGAGACUACUUCUUCCCGCAGUAGCUGGCUGGGUGGCGCCUGGCAGCCUGGGGUGUCACACCUGCUGAACUGUGUGGAUGACGAAGCACACGCUGGCUUGUCACUGUCAUUCCAGCUCAACUCUGGUGCGUGGGGCCUCUGGCUUCACUCUUACAGAAGGGCCUCGCAGAAGGUUCUACGCUGGAUGAAAAUAGUUUGCUGCACCUGUUCAGAAGGAAGAGGUGGUUGGGUUUUUGAACCACCCUUCCCCAAAGCCCUGCUUAAAGGGAUUGGGGUGAACUUGGGCCCUGAGCAGAGAGGGGUGUCAAGAGUCCACUGGACAUUGAGGUGGGCAAAGCAGGGCGGCUGCAGAGGCCUUGGACCUGGCCUUUGUGCAGACAAACUGCUGGCCACCCUCACACCUGACACAGGUCCACAAGCUGUACCCUCAGGAGAUGGGAUAGAUUUCCAUCCAAAGACCUCCAGUCGCCUCUCUCCUGGCCCACUGCACAGUUUCAUCUUCUAGCUCAAGCUCUUGAAACCCAAGUGCCUUCACAUUUCAGUUUCUCUAGGCCUGAGGAUGGCUCUUCUUCAACCGCCCAGGCUGCAGAAGCUUUCGACUGCCUUUCCUCCCCACACUGGAAAAACAGCUGAGGGGGCAGGUGAAUAGUAUCUCAGGACCAGAUGGUUUGAAGUGGAAUUGUAAUUAGUUCCUCAUUAGCAUUUUGCUAAAUGUGAAUCUUAACUCUAGGCACCUGCUGUAUCUAGAAGCAACUGCACUGACUCAGUUUCCUUCUCUGGACCCCAGGACUUCAGGAGGAGAGGAGAGACGCACAGAGGAAGUGAGGGUGUGAGGGCAGAGGCUAAAGGGGAUGCAGCCUCUGAAAACCAGUAUCCUUUCUCCUUCCGUCCCUCGCUCCCCCAAAAGGAGAAUUGGCAUGGUGGGAGAUCAAAAUGUUGGCCUUGUUUAUCUUGUUUUCACCUGAGCCUGAGUAACGGAAGGAAAUAUUUAUCUGAAAAGACAGAAGAACCCAACUGGAAUGUGUUUUAAUUUGUUUUUUAAUGAACUGCUGACUAUUUUUCUUGAGAGGAUGACGAUCCCUUAUUAGCUGAGAGCCAGGAUAUAAAUAACUUGGGGAGAAGCACAUUGACUUUGUCUGGCAUGCAACUGAGUCAAGCGAAAAGGGGGAGGAGAAAAAAUUAUUUUCCUUUCUCAGAGAAUAGAGUCUGGUUUCAUUCUAAAUUUUGUUUUUGUCUUAAAAAGUAAAAAAAAAAAAAAAAAAAAAAUUGGCUGCUGCUCCUCUAAUUUGGGGGAAAGCAGCUUGUUACUACCCACCCCCAGCCGUUGUGAAGGACACGGUGUCCAUCUCUGUGGUGGCGGUGCUGGGAAGCUGGCCUCCCACGGCUACCAAGCAGGGUCAGCUGAAAACCCCCACCCCCGACAGCUCUCGUUAUCAGAGGGAGGGAGGUUCAUUAAAAAAAAAGAAACCCUCAGUGCCUUCCUUUUUUUAUUUAGUUCCUUGAAUGUGAUUCAGUUCAGUUAGUAUUAAAGCUCCAGCUAAAUAUCUAGCCGUGACUCUGAGACUAACCACUUUAGCUCACUUUUCAGUUCGGGCUUUGAAAAUUCAAUGAUGCGAGUGGUUACCCAGACAAGUGCCUUUAAGUAUCACAGGGUGUCCCAGAAGAAGCUAUGAUUCAAAUCAGUUGUGUAACCACGGACCAAAAAUUUACCAGACCACAAAUUUUUCUAGUAGUCCACCCUUUUAGAAAAACAACCACCAGUACCAGACAGGUGGCAAAGGAUGAAAAUGACUGCGCUUUAUUCACUGUUGGCUGGGUUCAAACUGUUGCUAUCUUGGGCAAGUUGUGAUUUUCAUUGCUGCCUUUGUCUGUCGGUUUCAGACCUGUUGCUGCUUCAGGCAGCUUUCUUAAGUCGACAGACAUCAGGCAGGUGGUUUUUGUUUUUUUUUCUGUAAAGUUUCUUUGAGAACAGCAAAAAUGCUGUUAAAGGGAAAUGUUAAAAAAAAAAAGAGAGAGACUCUGCAUGAGAAAGGGUGAUUCUGUGCCCACGGUUCUUUAACUCUUUAUAAGGUUUUACCCACAUGUAAUAUUACCAAAGCCAGGCGGAGAGGUGCUAGUGGAAGAUGUGAAACCCAGAUAACUCACAGUCACUGAGAGGUAGGCAGCUUUGAUCUCCAAAUUGUUAUUGCUUUCAUUAUUAUUGUAACGGAACCACGUUGUUUUUUGUUUUUUGUUUUUUUUUGUAUUGAAGAGGGUUUUUUUUCCCUUUAUAUUUUUAUAAGCUAGUGUAAAUGAAGGAAAAGUACUUGUCUUUUCGGGGUUGUGGGCUUUGCUCAGUGUACACAGGUACACCCUAAGCUUUCUCUGCCUCGAAUCUAUGGUCUAUGACCACGUGUUCCAAUCCAGAGGUCAUUCUUACCUGUGUUUCUGCAGCUCAUGGGCUGCCUUUUAUCCUCAAUGAUGAUGUUACUCACCUAGUAUCUGUAGCAGUCGGUCACACAGCCAGAUGUGAAAUGUUGGGAUGGUGACAAUUUGUAUUAAACGUGACAAUUUAUCCUGCUGGGUUGAAAAAGUUAAAAAUAUGCUGGUUCAAGGUCUAAACUAAAGUGGUCCUUAAUUCUUGUAGCAUUAAUAAAACAUUUUUUUCAAAUGUCAAGGGGGUAGCAUUGGCUGUAUCUACAAAGCCACGCGUAACUCAGAGAGCCAUUCGUUUGGAUGGAGCCCUAGGCUCUGGUUUUUUGCCAGGCUCUGGGCUCACUUUGUUUCCAUUUCCCUUCUCCUGUGGAGAGGGGGUUUGGGGAAGGAAACACCAUUACAAGGGGUGGAAUCUGCUGUUGGGUGGGCCCAAGAUGGGAGCCCACCUGGUGGUGAACAGAACCCCGUGGAGCAGACUGAGAGUGAUCAUGGUUCAUGGGUUUCUGCAGAGCGUUCAGGAAUGUCUUGUCCUGCUGCUUUGGUGCUGAGCUAUAUUGCCUCCUCUGAGGUUGAGUCAGCAGGGGGGAGUCUGGCACCCAGCUCCAGGUGGAGUUGGUGAGAAAUUUAUCUUAAUUUGGACAAGCAGGGGCGACUGUCGGUCCUUCAGACCUUGAACACACAGCCCAGCUUCCCCGCGCGGGCGGGGCCGGGGCCGGGGCCGGGGCCGCGUGCGGAGCGAGCCGGGCAGCUCGGGCGGGCUCUGCACCAGGCGCUCCUGGCCAGCCCCUGAAUCCGGUCCCCCCGGCAGCAUGUCCUCUGUGUGGUUUGGUGCUCGCACCUGUGUUUCUAUGGCAACCUCAAUGAUUUUCAUUUGCUAAUUUUUAUUUUUUUCCAAUUACAGUUGACAUUCAAUAUUAUUUUGCAACCUUAAUGAUAUAUUAAGGAACAUUGUCGGUUUCAUGAACAGGCUGAAAGGAAGAUCUGCUUUAGAAGGAAAGGAUUGGAACAGCAUGUAGCAAGACUGUUAAUUGAUAGAGAAACCAUUUUUGGGUGGAGAUCACACAUCUGUUAAAUAAAUACCUCAACUUUUCAUUUUGGAGAGAAAUAAUAGUUUUAAGCUUGUUUUUAUUUUUUUACCUAAUUAUCUAAAAGCAAAUACCAAAGGCUGAUGUCUGUAUAUGGGGCAAAGGGUCAGUAUGAUAUGCUUUUCAAUGUUUUUUUUUUUAUCAGAUAUUUU